CGCCAUUCCCCACCGGCGAGUCGAAACUGCGCUCCUUGCAGUAUAAAGUCUGGGAUCCAGCUAGCGCAGCUUGGCAUCUUCUGCUCUCGGCAUCUCUCCAUCUCUUGGCUCUCCUUCUCUCCCAUACCCUCUCUCUCUCUCUCUCUCUCUCUUUUCUCCUUUUAACUUCUUCCCGCUGCUGAGUCUUGUCUUUUCAUCCACCACAACGACAGUAAACGAGGACUUCAAGGGUCGACUGACCAUCGCGAGCUCAGGCUCGCAGAACUCACGGUCAGGGCUCGGGUCUUGCAGAGGUCAGGCAUGAGCACCGUGCUGGAUUCUCCGCUCGUAGCACUCGCGUCAGAUUACGAGAGCUUCGGAUUCCUCGCCGCCGCGAACAACUUGUGGACCUGGAUCGCCGUCAUCAGCACAGCGGCUCUCAGUUUCUGGCGAAUCCGAGCCUCGGCGUCUUCUGCCAUUGCUAGACGAGUAAGCGAAGAAUCCUUGUCGCCGCAGUCGUUGUCAUCUCGUGAAGAUGAAAUUGUAAAUGCGGAUCGAUCUUUUCCGCAACCGGCGUCUUGUGGCGCUGUGGAGGAAGAAUUUGAACCUGGUGCUUCUACUUCUCCUCCUCCUCCUCCUCCGUAUCCGACAUGGUUUGAAUGUGACGGCGGUGGAGUUACGAAGGGGAAGUUCGCGACAUAUUACGAGGAGGAUCGGAGAGAUGACGAACCGCCGCCGCCAGCAGCGACAACCGUAGAUGAAGCUGCGUUUGGUGGCGGAGAGUGGCGGUGGAGCUGGGAGAGAGCGGCGAGAUUGAGGGAUGGAGAGAGGGGGUGGUACAGCUUCCAGGACUUGAUGGUGAUCAAUGGCAAUGUGGUGAGGCUGUGGGAUGAGAGAGUUAGCAGAAGAUAAAAAGAAGAUUAGUAAAUAGUAACGAUUUUCUGCUCUUCAAUUUACCUCAUUUCGGCACGAGGAGGUCGGUCGAUGAAUGUAGUUAUUAAUAAAAGAUUAAACAAGUUGAGGGGGGUCUUUUUUACGAAA